AAAAAGGAAGAAUCCAGCUUCACGCCGGAAGAUGCAGUUUUGGCAUCUGUUGGCAUCGUGAAGUGUAGCCCCGACCACGGGCUGCUGGUGUCAGAGAGCAUGGUCUUGGCUCUGGAGGAGCUGAUCCAAGCGUGCUGUGCGGAAGAUGAAGGUGUCCCCGUGGUGCUGGUGUGUGGCCCAAAAAACACUGGGAAAUCAACAUUUAACAGAUACCUAAUUAAUCUGUUGCUGAAUCGCCUUCCCUCAGUUGAAUAUAUGGAAUGUGACAUAGGUCAAACCGAAUUUACGCCGCCUGGAUGCGUGUCUUUAAGUAACAUAACAGAGCCAGUUCUUGGUCCACCGUUCACUCAUCAACAAACGCCACGUAAGAUGGUAUAUUAUGGACAGACUAGUUGUGAGCAGGACACAGAAAGAUACCUUGAUGUCGUGAAGUAUGUGUUCAGCUCCUAUAAGAAGGAGGUGCCCUUAGUCAUCAACACCAUGGGCUGGGUGAAAGGUGAGGGGUUGCUGCUUCUGAUUGAUAUCAUUCGGCUGUUGUCACCCAGUCACAUUGUUCAGAUGGAUGUGUACGACUGGAAAGCCAUGGCUCCGCUCACCCCGGAGUACGUUCAUCUCACUCCUGGCCUGUACACCAAAGGCAAACAGCAAGCUAAAUGCAAGCGGAUGCGUACGAGUGGAGUGGAGGACUGGAAGACCUCUGAAGGGGAGGGAGAUGCAUCGGUUCCCGAGUAUAAGUUGCUGUACGUCCAUCCAGAAUUCCCUCGAGCAGGGGUUGCAGGUGAAGCGCGAGUACAUAGCGGCAUCUUGCGUGACAUGUCCAUACUGGGUUACCUGGGUCAGCUGCAGUCCCCAGACAUAGGGGCAGUGCUUCCGCUGCACAGUCUUGUGCCCUAUCAGGUACCUUUCAGUGCAGUUGCGCUCAGGGUUAUUCACACUGAUGUGGCUCCUACCAACAUCAUGUAUGCAGUGAAUGCCAGUUGGGUUGGGCUCUGCAGGAUACCAGAUGAAAUCAGAUGCCAAACUGACGGGCCAGUCUUGCUGACACAGACACCGGUCUGUGAUUGCCUUGGCUUUGGAAUUGUCCGAGGGGUUGAGAUGGAGAAGAAGCUUUACCAUGUUCUGACACCGGUGCCGCCGGAGAACCUGAGACUAGUGAAUUGUCUGCUCCUUGGAAAUAUUGCAAUCCCCAACUGUGUUCUUGUGGGCCAGCAAGGAAUUGAAGGAGAGAUCCCCUACGUCACAUCCGAUUAUAACUACAGUAUCUUGGGGUCUGGGAAGCUGAAGAAGAAGAAGCAUUUCAAGAGGAGGGAGUACGCAUUUGAGCGUGAUUCUGCCUAAAGCCUUGAGAACCUUGGACCAUGGGAUUUGUUUUGUACGGAGAAAGCCAGGUGUGGUCAGAGAAGCCCCGGGUGCUACAGAGCUCCAAGGGACCCUGGGCAGGUGCACAGUGUAGAUACUAAAGCAUGUCUGG